AUGGACCCUUCACAGGAGGCCUCUAGCAAUGUGACCGUUGAAUAUACGGAUCCAUCCGGUCUCUUUCCUCAAAUCCAACCUAUAAUCGAAUCAAAGCUCCCCCUGAAGAACCUCCACUGGAAAUCACCCACCCGCCCCGUUCGGUCGAUCGAAUCGCUCCGCAUCGGAUUUGUCUCUGCGCAGGCCGAAAGCGCAGAACCCAAAUCGUCCAGCGAUGGUGCCGGUGCAGCCCCACACAGACGACACCAGAUUCCUGGCUUGCGACAAACUCCAUACCUGAAAAUUUACCUCCUCCGCUGUGACGACAACGAUACCUACAAGGCCACGGCGCGGAAAACAGUACGCGAAUGGAUUAAGGCUCAAGGCUCGCAAGCGACUGGCAGUGCCCAGGAGAAGCAUGAUGCUUUUGAAUGGCUCAUUUUACAUGUAGUUCAAGAUGGCGAGGGUGCAGAGAAGGCGCCUGCGUCCACUUCGAAAUGGGGUCGGGGCACAACCACAGUGCUAGAGAAGAUCAAGGCGGAUUUCAAUACAUCGUCAAAAGCUGCCGUGGAUCGUGUGGCACAGCUGCGUCUGCCUAAAGAGGGAACCGCCAAAUCCCCUGAACUGGCCGAGCAGCGCGAGGACUUGAUUGACAAAAUGAAGAAUGGCAUUCUGGCUUCCUUCGACCUGCGCGUGGCUCGCUACGAAGAAGAUAUCAAGGAAAAGGACUCACAGCGAAGUCUUCCUGGCUGGAACUUUUGUACUUUUUUCAUACUCAAGGAGGGUCUUGCGCGAGGAUUUGAAAACGUUGGUCUCUUCGAAGAUGCGCUUGUCGGGUAUGAUGAGCUGUCUGCCGGCUUGGAUGCCACCAUCCGUGAUCAAAUCCAAGGCAAUACGCAACACGGCGGUGAACUUUUGACUUCCAGCAAGUCAUUGAUAGAACAAGCGAAAAAGGCACUAGAAACUGGGCCUCCGGCCGACGACAGUGACAAGACGGAGAAACCUCAAGUAGAGAUACAGCCUGCCGACUUCCCGCUAAUCUCCAACAAAAUGCCAUACCGUGAAAUGAUUUUGGGAAGCGAUAUAUCCAUCUUCAACUUCCGCAACUAUAUAUUCUCUCGACAACUCACCUUACUCCUACGAGCUGCAAGAGCUCCGUCGGUCAUUGGAAACGAAACGGCUACACGUGAUAAAAAGCCUGCAGACCUCAUGUUACUGCAUGAGAUCUGUGACAGAUCUACAGAGUUCAUCAGCUUGGCCGCGCGCACUCUUCGCUAUGACCUGGAGAUCGGAUUGGAGGGUGUGGAAAAUGAUGCCAAGGCAGAUUUCAUCAACAACACAGUGUCUUCGUUUGCAUAUUCAGCUUCUUUGCAGAUUCUCGAUCAAACUUUCACAGACAGCCUUACGAUUCCCGAAUCGUCUCUUCAUGCGGUGACGCAAGCCACCCAGGGCUCUGGACCUAGUGGCCCGGCGAUUGACAAUCGUCCUCAAGCUCCACGUCGGACAAGCUCCCUGAUCGCUGGUCCUGGUCGUCCAGUUAUGCAGGACAUGUCUGAUGUAAGCUCCCUUCAGCGCCGUUCGACUCUGGAACAUCCCAAACAACCCCCUGUCAUUAUUCAAAAGACAGGAUCCGAGCAAUUGGCAUCUGGAAGGGGUGACCUGUUUUUGCUGGCCCGUAGGUCUCUUGAGGAAAUUGCAAAAAGACGUGGCUGGUCAGAAAAAUGGACUGACCUGGGCCUCCUUUUUGAUGAUACACAUCGUUCCAAGGCUGGCGGCCUUGAGGAAGUGUCGCUGAACGACGAAAGCGAAUCAAAGCCACAAGAGGAUAAGAAGGCGCUCCAGAGUUCGUUGAUUGGCAUCGAACUGCCUGCAUUGAAACAAGGAUUGGGAUCCAAAGAUUCGUUCCUGUCGUUAUACGAAGAUCUCACAGAUAAAAUAAUUUGCCAUAACAUGGCGGCUAGUCGCGCUAACACUACGGAGCAUGCACUCGCUGAUAUUGCUAUUCUACGGUUCCGCCAAGCUGACUACGAGACGGCUGCCUCAUACUUUCACCAAAUGGCGCCGUUUUACGGUAGCAAGCUUUGGGUUGUUCUCGAGGGCAGCAUGCUCGAGCUCUAUGCCCGAUGUUUGAAGGAACUCAAGCGUAACGAAGACUAUGUUCGCAUGAUGCUACGAUUACUAUCCAAAUUUUCCAUGUACUCUCAAUCCCAACUUUCGGAUCGACAGAGGGCAUUAUCUACGCCAAAAUCAGUAUUGGAUCAGGAGCAACUUUCAGAGUAUGUUUCUGAUCUCUACCAGGGCUUGGAAAAUUUACAAAAGGAUGUCACUACCUCUUUGUUUGACUUCUUUGCCGACCUGCACGUUGAUCCUGCCAUCCGGUUAUAUGAUUCCAAGGACGGGUUCCAGAUUCAGAUGACAUUGCGCUUUCUUCUGGGUCCUGAAAUCAAAAUCAAUUCAAUCAAAGUCAGGCUGGUCAGCGCUGGCUCAUCCCAGAAUGGGGAGCAUUGGAUUGAGAAAUCAACCGAUUUUGUGAUUAAGUCAACAAAGACCAAUAUCCUCAUCGACUCUUCGACUACUCUCCAAGGCAAAUAUCUCGUGGAUCGCCUUGAGAUGAAAUCUGGGAACCUUGUUUUCGCAUUCAACAGUAACCAGAACUCUUCCCUUCCGAUUGGUUUCCGGGAAGCAGAUGAUGCAGCCGAUACAGACAAUCGACCAUACGUCUUCUGUUACCCCCCUCCCAAUGGGCUGCAAGCAAAGAUCGUGUCCCCGCAUCUGAUCAAUCUUGAGGCUAUGCGCACCCUUGAGCUGGAACUCAACAGCGGGCGCAACGAUAUAACGAGUGGCACACUGCGCGUCCGACCGGCAACAGCAGGACUUCGGCUUCGCAUCUCAGAGGCAGAGGUUGUAGAAGGUGAACUAGAUAUUACCGCAAACAACGAUUCGGGAACAAUCGAGUUCACCAAACUGCCUACCCAGUCGUUUGUUCGAUUACGGAUCCCCUACACCGCCGAGGAGGCCUUGAACAGUCUAUCUGCCCGGGUAGAGGUUGGAUAUGAGACCGAACAAGGCCGAUUUGCUUUUACGGCCGUGCAUAGCAUUGUUGCCACGCUUCCAAUAUCGGUCAACGUGCAGGACAUCUUCAAAGACGAAAUGCUAUUCUCGCGAUUCACAGUUAGCCCCGCUAUGCUGAUCCCUCUCCGCAUCACCAACUGCAGCUUGCCCAGUUCAGAGGCCUAUGAGGUGCAAUCUAGUAUCACAGGCCCCGUUACUUUGGAUGUUUUCCCUAAACAACCCGCUUCUCUGCUUUACAAGAUUUGCCCACUGGGAAGCACUGUCAAACCCACCCCAGCGGGGAAAAACAACCUACGCCUGCGUGUUGAUUUCACCUGUGUGGAUGAUGAAUGCCUUGACGCGAUUGAGAAAUCAUUCACCGCAGCCAUUGAGUCUAGCCCAUACAGCCAAUAUGCAGCCCUCCUCACGUCACAUAUUGUCGGCCGUUUCCGGAAUCAACUAUCUACUGCUGAUAUGGAGGUCAUUGGCCUUUUGCGAGAGCUAGAGAUGUUGCCGUAUCAAAGUAUUCGAUGGGAUGAAUUGUUGGGCGGACUCAAAGAAAGUACAGAGGAGGUGCGAGAGUGGCUGACGGCAUGGCACGAGAAAACCCCCAUUAUCCAUCUUCCAUCGGAUCCCAGCAUUCCCCACCGCUCCAUCGUGAUCCCUGUCGACAUUCCCGAGAUCCAAGUGGUUCACACAGCGGAGCUACAACUUCAACCCGCCCUCGAUGUAUUCGCCGAUGGCACCUCCCACACAGCAGUAGGCCAGAUGAUCACCGCUGAGCUAACCCUCCGCCACACACGCCGCUGGUGCACCCCCACAAACCAGGAACAUGCCGGACAACCCCUCGAAUGCUCGUACGAGUUACACGCCAAUCCAGACCUCUGGCUCCUGGGUGGUCGCCGGCGCGGUAACUUCCUAGCACAAGAUGGGGAAGUCACCAAAUUUACUGUUCUGCUUCUUCCCCAGAAACCAGGCCACUUACUUCUACCCGGACUAGAAAUUCGCACAUUUACGCCAUCUCAUUUGCAGCCUCCUUCCGAGCCAACUAGGACUGAUUCCUCUGUAGCUCCGGCGGGGCCUGUCCCGCGACACCCUAUUCCCUGCGAAGUGGAUUAUCGGAAUCAUGGCGAAACAAUCCUUGUGUUACCUGAUCUGCGGAAGACCACAGUCAGCCUCAGCGCCUCGGGCAGUUCGGGCGGGGCAUCGUGGCUGGUGGACUCUGAGCGACGAGGGGAGGUACACUAA